AUGGAUGCCAGGCAGGACGCCGAUAGCCUGGCCUGGGACCAGAGCGAUGAGCGCUGGGAAAAGGCUCAGAAACACGUUCGAGCAUCCGCUACGUGUCGUAAAGUUGAAGCAUUUGCCAGCCGAACUUUUGGGAGACCAGCAACUCUAGCCACCCCGUUGAUUAUUGGCGGCUUCAAUGUCGUCUACCCUUUCAAAGUAGAAGGCCUCUCAUCUCAAGUUCUCGUCCGAUUACCAUGUCCUGAUCAGGCGAUGUUCCCAGAAGAAAAGACAAUGGUCGAGGUAGCAACAGCAGCCUGCAUUAAACAACAAACGCAACUCCCUGUGCCCAAGGCCUUUCAUCAUGGUGUUGAUGACGACAUUGGACCAUACAUGAUCAUUGAGGAUCUUGGCACCCGGCGUGGGAUGAGCCAUGCAUUGGAGGCUCCCCGUGAUGAUCCAAACGAUGCGCCCAUAUUGAAUCGAAAAAUCUCGGAAACACAGCUCAAGGGUCUAUAUUCGAAGAUGGCGGAAUGCGUCCUACAGCUUGCCCGACCGACCUUCCCACGUAUCGGUGCUCUCGUUGAGCCAAGUCCAGGCACAUAUGAAGUACUGGGGCGACCAAUCACUCUUAACAUGAACAACAUGUUCCAGCUCUCCAACAUUCCCCCUUCCAUAUUUCCGUCCGAGGACACCACAUACAGCACUGCUGAUGAGUGGUAUACCGUACUUGCCGAGAUGCAGAUGGCAACGCUUGUCUUUCAACAUAAUGACAUAAUAUCUUCGGAAGACGACUGCAGAACAAAAUAUGUCGCGCGAAAGCUAUUUCACAGACUUGCCAAGCAGAAGAGACUCUCAAGAUUUGGAUUCUGUGACGAUGACUGGUCCGCCUCUUCCAAGCAGUCCAGUGCAACAUUGCCGUCACCGAAUAACUCGGGCUCAUUCCGUAUUUGGUCAGACGACUUUAGGCCAGUGAAUGUACUCAUCAAUGAUGAGAACGACGUUGUCGGGGCGAUAGAUUGGGAGUUCGCCUACGUUGGCCCAUCCCAAUUCACGCUGGAGCCACCAUGGUGGUCAUUACUUGAGGUGCCCGAGAUGUGGGAUGACGGCAUUGAAGACUGGGCAAGUACAUACGAACAACGGCUUGAGACCUGGCUAUCCGUUAUGGAAGAGCUUGAGAAGAAGAAUGGUUCAGAUUUGCUGCUUUCGGCCUAUAUGAGGGAGAGUUGGGCUACUGGUAGAUUUUGGCUGAAUUAUGCUGCUCGAAAGAGCUGGUCCUUCGACGCCAUAUAUUGGAAAUAUCUAGACGAAAGAUUCUUUGGCAAGAGAAAAGAAGGUAUCCCAACAGAGGAACUAUGGAAGGCCAGAGUGGAGUUGUUAACGGAGGAUGAGCGAGAAGCGAUGGAGGUGCUGGUAAAGACAAAAGUGGAAGAAUCGAAGGAUCGAGUUCUGGCAGACUGGGACGCUGAAAAGGCAAGACAGCACCUAUCUUCAUUUUUAGUAACAUAA